AUGAAUGGCAAGCAUCCUACAGGUAGAUGUCAUCUUAACCCUUGCAUUAAUGGCAAAUGCGUUAUUCGUAGCUCUGGAUCAUUUUAUUGUCAAUGCCAGUAUGGCUUACCGAAAAAUCAUGCGAUACAGCAAUUAAUUAAUGUUUUUCGAAUCCAUGUUAUAAGGGACGGUGUAUUGACCAUAAAAAUAAAUAUGUAUGUCUGUAGUCAAGGAAUGACGGGUACAAAUUGCGAUCAAGAUAUUAAUGAGUGCUUAAGCAACAACGGUGGUUGCAUCCAUUUUUGCAACAAUACCUAUUCUAGUUACUUCUGUUCAUGUCCAAAUAAUCAGCUUAUUGGCAUAAAUGGCCGCACAUGCGAUGAGCCUUGUUUAGCAAGCUCUGUUCCACUCAACGAUACCGCAGCGCAAAUGAAAAGCCCAACUAUUUUUCAAGUAGCAACGGUGACCAACCAAUGUCAACUAGCUUACAGCAAUUCUCUAGAUACCUCGAAAUAUAGUUGUGCUUGCGAAACCGUUACCUGUGAGUGGAUCGUAAACGGUGCAUGCGAUGGAAGAAACUGCACUAACUGGAAAAGAUGGAAAGGACCAAUACCAACCGGUGGAACUGGUCCUAGAGCUGAUCACACCCGUGGAAACUCUUCAGAAAGAACUGGCUCCCGCGCUAAAACAUAUAUAUUGAAUUUGACAGGGUAUCAUAUCUAUGCUGAAGUUUCGGCUCCGCGAAAGACAGGAGAUCAGUUUAUAUUCGAUAGCCCGAAUUUUGUUACUACUUAUCCAAUCUGUUUUACAUUUUGGUUUAAUAUAUAUGGUUACGGAGUAGGAGAAUUACUGUUACUAGAUAAUCGCGUCAAGAUUGCUUCAUUGAUUGAAAAUUAUGGCUUAGCUUGGGGCCAAGUCAAAACAACUCUUAAGACUGGACAUCAUCAACUAAAGUUUAUUGCAUAUCGAGGCUACGGCGUUCUUGGAGACAUUGCAAUCGAUGAUAUUGCAACUUUACCAGGACCAUCCAGUAAAUACUAA